AUGGCUGGCUACUGCGAGGUGCGCAACCGCACCAGUGGCGUGCUCUCCAACGUCAUGGAGAUCGCCUGCGACAGCAUCGACGACCCCGCGGUCUUUAGAUGCGACGACGCGAAAGCCUUCUCCGAGUACCCUAUCCAAAGCGCGCGCUACGUCCAUCCCGAGCCGCUCGUCUUCGGCAAGCAGAAGCGGGGUAUCGUCUUCUCCAUUUACGAAGAUGCGAUUCCAGGUGUCUAUGCCAUCAUCCAGCUGCUCCGGUCUCCCGACUACAACUGCACCUUGCCCGUCGAGCUCUUCUACGAGCCCCAUGUGAUGGACCCGACCAAGCAUUUGCUCUUGCAGGCGCUGCUCGUGGACGGGUCGGUCGCGCUUCGCACGAUCGACGAUCGCGCGUUUAGUCAUUUCCGCACCAAGCCCUAUGCUGUCUACCACGCCUCCUUCGAGCAGGUGCUGCUCCUCGACUGCGACAACAUUCCGCUGCGCGACCCGACGUACCUCUUUGAGUCUCUCAACGCGACGACGACGACGGCGAUAUUUUGGCCCGACUUCUGGCAGCCGUCGUACUCGAUCUUCAACGUCCACGCGCAGAGCUUGUUGUGGCAGUACCUCGACAUGCCAUUCAUCGGUGGGUUCGAACAAGAGAGCGGGCAAGUCCUCAUCGACCGACGCGCGUCAGCCCGGGCCCUCCACAAGCUCAUGUUUUACACAACCGGGCCCUCGUCGAGCAAUGCGAGCCUCGUCUUUCUCCACUCCAAGCGGCUUCUCUACGGCGACAAGGACCUCUUCCGGUUCGCUUGGCUCAACACGUCGACGCCGUACCACUUUAUCCUCGAGCCGCCGGCGUUCGCGGGCGUGUACCGCUGGUGGCUCACCAAGUUUUGCGGCCUCAGCAUCAUCCAGUUCGACAUGUCCGGUCGCAUGACGUUCCUCCACCGCAACAUGGCCAAGCUCAAUGGCGACCCGCGUCAAGUGCCGGUCCUCCGUGAUAUUGCGCGCUUCAACACGACUACGUACAAUGCGAGUGAGCACUACCUGGUCGAGUGCAAGGGCCGGCAGCUCGGCGGCAAGCUCUGCUGGGGCUUCAAGUGGCCUUUUGUCCCUUAUGAUGUGACACCGAUGGGCGACGACCACCGGAUUCGGCGCGUCGAAGCCCAAGUGCUGCGGUUUGCGAUCGACGCCGGCACGCUCGGGCGGCUGCACCAUCUGUACGACAACGACCCGCCGAGCGGGUGGUACCAGCUCGACUUGGUCCUCGGGCUUGGCACGCUCUCGGUUGUCGCGUCGUUUGCGUACCGCUGGGUCGGGUGUCGCCGGCCGCGCAAGCCUCCGGUGUCGUCGUAG